CCCGUCUCUGCUUUCCACCGCCUCUCUCCACCUUGUCUGGCCGGAGGGAGAGGGACGAGGCCGAGCGGCGCCGACGACGACGGCCGGGAAGAGGCGAGAAGGCCCUGCAGUGGCGGUGGCGCCCGUUCCUCGCUCGCUCUCCUCCUUGCCCUUCUCCCAACAUGGCCGCGGGGGCCUCCCGCAACUGAAGGCGCAGACCCAGUCCGCUCUCCCGGCCAGGCCUUAGCCGCAGCUCCGGCCCUUCUGCGCGCUGCCGCAACCGCCGGGCCUCCCUCUUUCUCUCCCCGCUUCCUCGCCGGGCCUCCCGGGGAGGAAGCGGGUCAUGGGCUGCGGCAGAAAAGGAGGAGGAAGAGCCGUCGCCGGGCAGGCCGCGUCGACCUCCUUCGCAGCAGCGCAGCCACCGACGCCUGGGCGCCGCUAGCCGGGCCCCGGCGAGCAGAGGAGGGCGAGGAAGAGGUGCCCCCCCCCCCCGGCCGCUGCCCUCGGAGGGCCUCCCUGAAGCCCUUUCAGCGUCCUUGUCCUUUUCCCUACAGGAGGAGGAGGAGGAGGAGGAAGAGAACUGAGGCCGGGCCACCAUGGCCCAUUCGCCUGUAGCAGUGCAGGUGCCUGGGAUGCAGAACCAUAGAGCAGACCCAGAGGAACUCUUCACAAAACUAGAACGCAUCGGAAAAGGUUCAUUUGGAGAGGUUUUUAAAGGAAUUGAUAAUCGGACGCAGCAAGUGGUUGCUAUUAAAAUCAUAGACCUUGAGGAGGCGGAAGAUGAAAUAGAAGACAUUCAACAGGAGAUAACUGUGCUAAGCCAGUGUGACAGCCCUUAUGUAACAAAAUACUACGGCUCCUAUUUAAAGGGCACAAAGUUAUGGAUAAUAAUGGAAUACUUAGGUGGGGGAUCAGCAUUGGAUCUUCUGCGGGCUGGCCCAUUUGACGAAUUCCAGAUUGCUACGAUGCUGAAGGAAAUCUUGAAAGGUCUUGACUAUCUACAUUCAGAGAAGAAAAUCCACAGAGAUAUUAAAGCUGCCAAUGUGUUGUUGUCAGAGCAAGGGGAUGUUAAGCUUGCAGACUUUGGGGUUGCUGGACAACUUACCGAUACACAAAUUAAGAGGAAUACCUUUGUAGGCACACCAUUUUGGAUGGCCCCUGAAGUAAUUCAGCAAUCAGCUUAUGACUCAAAAGCCGAUAUUUGGUCUCUGGGAAUCACUGCAAUUGAACUAGCCAAAGGAGAGCCACCUAACUCAGACAUGCAUCCAAUGCGAGUUCUGUUCCUCAUUCCCAAAAACAAUCCUCCAACCCUAAUAGGAGAGUUCAGCAAACCCUUUAAAGAGUUUAUUGAUGCAUGUCUGAAUAAGGACCCAACUUUUCGUCCUACAGCAAAAGAACUGCUAAAGCACAAAUUCAUUCUGAAAAAUGCCAAGAAGACCUCUUACCUGACAGAGCUUAUUGAUAGGUUCAAGCGAUGGAAAGCAGAAGGACACAGCAGCGAUGAAACGGAUUCUGAUGGUUCUGAUUCGGAGUCUAGCAACAAGGAGAAUAAUUCUCACCCAGAGUGGAGUUUUACUACAGUUCGGAAGAAACCAGAUGCCAAGAAACUGCAGAAUGGAACAGACCAAGAUCUCAUGAAAACCCUGAGCUGUUUAACAAUGAUAAUCACACCUGUAUUUGCUGAGCUUAAACAGCAAGACACCAAUAAUGCUAACAAAAAGAAGGCAAUUGAAGAACUUGAAAAAAGCAUCAAUAUGGCAGAAGCUGCAUGUCCGGGGAUCACAGAUAAGAUGGUGAAAAAACUUAUGGAGAAAUUUCAGAAGUUUUCUGUUAAUGACUCCUCCUAAGAAAUUUUGUCACUGAUUGCUGUUCCACAUGGACCCAAUAUAGCCCACCAAAACCUACUAUAAGCUUGGCAGUGCUUUGCUCAUGAGCUCCUUGUGCCUUUUUGGAUCAUUGCGACAUAUUUAAUGAUCGAGGAUUUGAAAGGACUUACCUCCACUCUUUUGUGAUGGGUAUACCUGCUUUUUUUGUAUUUCCAGGACAUUCUUUUUGUAAAGAGCAACUUUUAAUAUUGUAGUUUUCACCUGUUUAAUCCAGUUUUAAAAACGGUGAGGCACAGUUUUUGCUUCUAGAUCUAACCAGGGGCUACCAGUUGCCAAUCUCAGCGUGCAGAAUCUCGGGUGUACCUGUUAUUGCAGAUAUCAGUGGACUGCACCCCUUUUACUUGACUUCAUAGGAAGUACAUGUGCAGUGUGUUUCAACAACAUUUUGUUACGCUUCGAAGAACGGGAUGUACCGGUCUUACUAUUAUUAUUAUUUGGUAUGCAUAAGUUACAGCUUUUUCUGAGUCACUAAAAUUAGACUUUAAGAAGUAGCUUUUCACAAAAAAUAUACGUGAGAGCACCUUAGACUGUGUAGGAUGUUGCUAUAGCACCUGCUUGAACACCAUAGUCUCUCUUUAGGCCCCUGUAAGUGUAAUCAACCUGAGACAAUAUCACCUAUUUUGAAAAUUGGUACAGUAUUUUAGGCAGCUCUUUGAUCACCUACAUUUGAGAGCAAUAUGUCUAUAGCUUUGCAAGUUCACAUGUAGCGACUGGCAUAGCUUAGUGUAUAGUUUCUAUGUAUUAUCUUUUAGGGCAGAGUUUCAAGAUGUCAUUCAUCAUGGUAGGAAAUUUUAAAGCAAUACAGUUGAUGGGCAGGAGGGCUUUUGGCAAUAAUGGACGCAAAUAGAAAUCUGGUUUAACUGAAUUAUUUCUUCCUUUUUGAGUAAUUUUUUUAAAAAGCAGUUCAUUAUGUGUUUGGGGUGGGGGAGCUGGGAGGAUAACAUGGCAUGCGAUAAGUACCUCACAAGCAGGUAUAAAAUGUGUGACACCAGCGUUUUGUGUGGUGGUGCUUUUCCUGUAAAAUAUUUAUAACACAUUCUUAAAGUACAUUAUACAGUGCAUCCAUCAUGAUAUGUUUAAUUUCCCUCAAGUGUAUUUUAAAUAUGUAUUUACCAGUUAAUAUGCAAAUAACUGAGUUAUAGAUAUUCUUUCACAACAAAGAUAGUACUGUGCAGUACAGAGUGAUUUUUUUUUCAUAAAAGGUAGAUGAAAUUAUAAACUUGCUUUCAGUUAUAUAUUUAUGGUACUGUUUAGAUGGGUAAUACCUUUUUCUUUCUUUAUUUCCCCUUCCUUUCAAUCCAGUAUGUAUAUUAUGCUGAAGUUUGAAGUGGGGUUGUAUUUCAGUCCUUAGCUGUGGAACUGUUGGUGUAAAUUUAUUUUUGAUAAAAAGGCUGGAUGUGUUUUAAUUUUAUGGUUUGGAUCUGCACAUUUUUGUUUUUGCACAAAUGUCAUUUUAAAGGAUCUGAAAAAUAUCUGCCAAAUAUUUGAAGAGUUAAUGGUGUGCAAGCAAAUAAUGAUUUUUUUUAGUUAAAAGUUGCCAUUGUAUCCUUUAAAAAAAGAUAUAAAGACACUGGGGAGAGAUGGUGGUUAGAAAUGCCAAGGGCAAUUAUUUUCAAUGGUGCCUACACUGUAAAAAAAUAAUAAUAAAAAUUACUUUUAA